CGCCCCCACUCCGGGUACAGCCGGAAGUGAUUGGCACACCUUUGAAGAAACUAAAAACACACUUUGACGCUUCCCUAAGGUUCCGGUUUUGGAGCGGCCUGGGAUGUUGAAAUGAAGAUACAUGAGAAGGUUGUCUCCUUUUUUGAAGCCAGCAGCACACCUGUGGACAAAGAAGGAUAUCUCUUUAAAAAGGGCGACAUCAGGCCUUCCUACCACAAGCGCUGGUUCAUUCUGAAGGGAAACCUCCUUUUCUACAAAGACCACCCGGAUGACCGUGACCUCAUCGGAGUCAUUGUUCUUGAGGGCUGCACCGUCCAGCUGUGCGAGUCCGACGAGCAGUUCCCCUUCUCGUUGGUGUGGAGCGAGCCGAGUCUCCGACCCUACAAGUUCGCCGCAGAGGACCAGGCCGGCCAGGAGAGCUGGAUAAAGGCCUUGCUCUCGGCCAACCACGGCUACUUGGCCCUGCUGGUGAUGGACCUGGAGAAGAAGUACAGAGAGACGUUAGAUGCAUUGUUCAGUGACCCCGCCAACAGUGCUGCUACACCAAACCUCCUCACGACAAAAGCCGACUGUCAAUCGAACUCGCGGUCGUCCACAUGGCACGCAGCAGCCGCAGCAGUGGCCUCUGGCCCAAGUGUGAGCUCCAACAGGACCCUCCCAACCCCGUCCAUUCCCCCCAAGUCAGCCUGCAGGAGGUCCCCUAAACUGUGGGCCAAGAGGACCGCCAACGUGACGCCUGUCGACGAGCCUGCCGCGCCUGCCGGGCACUGGUCAGCGGUGUGUUCAGGGACACAGGAGGAUUUUGGAAAAUUGCACGAGGACUUUGGAAAGGAAGUAAAAGACCUUAUCGCCGACUGGUCAAGAAGCAGACAAGUCGGCACAGCCGCCCUCGAAGAGAAUUUGAUAGAUUUCUGAGUGUCCAAAUACAUUUUUCUAAACCUCAUUUCAAUAUUAUUGACGGCAGUGCAGUACUUUCAAAACGGUUUAAUUUUGCUUGCAUGUACACUUCAGCACGCACCUUAGACAUAUUUCCAGGUAAAAUAACAUUUUUACUUACAGAACGGUGCUUGAUUAUUUUUAGCUUUAAUUUUUUUAUAUUUUAUUAUUUCAUAUUUUAUCUUUUUGUUCAAACAAAAAAACAAAAAUGCCCAAAAUAUUCAUAUACCUGUUAUAUCCAGUGUUAUAAGUGGAUAGGAGAUUAGAAUAUACAACAUGACUAUUUAAAGUAAAUGACGCCCGAUUGUAGCUGAGAUAGGCGCCAGCGCCCCCCGCGAUCCCAAAAGGGAAUAAGCGGUAGAAAAUGGAUGGAUGGACGGACCCAGGGAUGACAUCGGACCAGUUGCCAGAGGAUUUUUGACUUGCUUUUUUUUUUUUUUUCAAUAGUUCCUUACAAAACAGCAGCACUCCUGUCGGACAGUUUCUUUGACUAUCAUUGGUCUUUAAAAACAGCAGAGAUCUUCUGUCAUGAAGGGAAUCUUUGACUAGCAUUUUUUUAUUUGCAAUAGAUCCUUAAAAACAUCAACGAGCUCCUGUCAUACACUCUUUUUGACCAGCGUCGAUCCUUAUAAACAUCAACAGAAUAUUUGACCAGCACUUCUUUUUAACACUAAUUCCUUAAAACAGAAGACGACCUGUCUUACAGAGGAUCUUUGACUAACUGUUUUGCAAUAGGUCCAAAAACACAGCAACACUCCUUUCCGACAGUUUCUUUGACAAGCGUUGGUUUAUAAAAACAGCAGAGACCUCCUGUCAUUAAGAGAAUCUAUGACCAGCACUUCUUUUUUUUUACACUUGUUCCUUAAAACAGCAGAUGACCUGUUUUAUAAAGGAUCUUUGAGUAGCUGUUUUGCAAUAGAUCCUUAAAAAACAGCAGCACUCCUUUCCGACAGUUUCUUUGACUCGUGUUGGUUUUUAAAAACAACAGAGACCUCCUGUCAUUAAGAUAAUCAAUGACUAGCAUUUUUUUGCAGUAGAUCCUUAAAACAUAAACAAACUCCUGUCAUAUAGUUUCUGUGACCAGCGUCGAUCCUUAAAAACGUCAACAGAAUCUUUGACCAGCACUUUUUUUUUUACAGUAGUUUCUUAAAGCAGCAGACGACCUGUCAUAUUGAGGAUCUUUGAGUAGCUGUUUUGCAAUAGGUCCUUAAAAAAACGCAGCACUCUUUCCGACAGUUUCUUUGACUAGUGUUGGUCUUUAAAAACAACAGAGAUCUCCUGUCAUUAAGAGAAUCUAUGACUAGCAUUUUUUUUUUUUGCAGUAGAUCUUUAAAACAUCAACAAGCUCAUGUCAUAUAGUUUCUUUGACCAGUGUCGAUCCUUAAAAACGUCAACAGAAUCUUUGACCAGCACUUUUUUUAUAGUAGUUCCUUAACCUUUGUCUUGUGCUUUAGUUUUCAAAUGCAUAAAAGAACCACAUACAUUUAUUUGUAUGCAUCAAUGCUUUUUGACUUUGUCAGGAACCUCUAUUUCAACAAAAUAAAACUUUUUUUUUUUGUUUCCAAAAAUUAUAAAAUGCUCCGGUUGAAAUUAUGACAUUGGUGUUGUUAGGUUCGGUUUUGACCCGGUUAUAAAAAUAAGACUAUAUAGCAGUAAGUAGAGCCAAAACUGAACACACUGACAGCCAGCUCCUCUCCCAAUCAUGUGAGCUUUAGGGGAUUCUCAUUUUACCUUGUUAUCCAGUACAAGAACAAACAUAGACGGGCAUAUCCAGACAUGUGAGGUCAAUUCAGUAUAGAGUUGUUGACUUGCAGAGUGCACAUCUCCAAUUUGCAGCAUGCAAAAAAGAUUUACAGUGAGAGAAGUUCUGGAUAAUAUUUUUGGUGAAAAUGAGGGAGAGGACACAGAGCAGCAUAGUGAUAUGGAUGAACAGGUUUCUGAGGAGGAAGACAAUGAGGAGUAUCAUCCAGAAGACACACACAUCUGAUGAGUCUGAUGGUGAAGCUACUCCCGCUGAAAGAUUCAAGUCCAAAAAUGCUAAGAUCUGUUGGAACACCCAUCAGGGAUGUUUGGGACAGAUAGGUGCAGCUCCUUCCACUGAUGUUCAACUCAGGGCCAGAGAUGACAGUGGAUGAACUUCUUGUCCCUUUCUGAGGAAAAUGCAGUUUCCGACAAUACAUAAGAGGAAGAACGGCAUAAAAAUCUGGGCAGCCUGUGAUGCAAAAACCAGCUAUGCCUGCAAUAUACAGAUAUAGACAGGCAAAGCUGCGAGUGGCAUCCCUGAGAAAAACCAAGGAAAAUGUGUUGUCCUUGAUAUGACUACUGGACUGCAGGGUCACAAUAUCACAAUUUCUUUACCAGCUAUCACCUUAGACAAGAACUUCUCAAGAGGAAACUUACCAUGGUGGGCACAGCGAAGAAAAAUAAACCUGAGCUGCCUGCUGAAAUCUUGCAGGUGAAGGACAGGGCUCCGCUUUCUUCAAAGUUUGCUUUAACAGACACCACCACUGUUGUGUCAUAUUGUCCCCCCCAAAAAAACGGAAUGUGAUACUUAUGUCUACUCUUCACAAAGUUGCAUCAGGAAGUGACAAAAAGCCCACAAUUAUCCUCGACAACUAAGGAGUGGACAAGCUGACUGCCACUUACACUUGCCAGCGAAUGACCAGGAGAUGGCCAAUGGUUGUGUUUUACAACAUCCUCGAUGUGUCUGCAUGUCAUGCAUUUGUGUUUUGGACCCACAUCCGCCAAAGGUGGAAGUCGACCUAAAAAACCUAGGGGAGAAUGUUUCUUGAAGAGCUGGGAAGUUCCCUUGUCAAGCCACACAUUGAGCAAAGGGUACGGGAGCCCCGAGACUCAGACGCUGCAGCCUUGGUCAGGCAGCUGCAGAGCUCACCUAGCACUCCGUCCACCUUAUCAGCAACACAAAGAGCAUCCAUGCCAGAAUCCUCUUCAGCCAGCUCUGCCUCAACACCAACCAGAACAACCACAGCUACAACCCCACUCAGGCCACCUGAUUCUAAAAGACAGAGGUGUUGGGUCGCCCAAGCAGUCAGGACGGAAAGACAAAUGUAUUGUGCUUCAACUGCAAGAAAUAUCUCUGCAGAGAACACACUAAAAGUUUAACUUUUUUUGCUCACAGAGACUUUUACUCCGAUUUUGUUUUUUAUUAGUUUUGGAACUACCAUAUUUCCUUGAAUUGCUGCAGGGCAUAUAGUAUUCGCCUGCCUUGAAUUACUGCCGGGUCAAACUUGCUUUGCAAAAUAAUUAGCGCAUGCUUAGUAUUACCGCCUGGUCAAACUUGUGACGUCACGAGUGACACUUCCCCUGUCAUCAUUUUCAAAAUGGAGGAGGCUGAUCUCAAUACUGGUAAUUUGAAAUCGUAUAAAGGGAAGAAAAUUAAGAGCUAUUAAAUUGGAUUUAAGGUCCAAGCUUACAUCACUCUGAAUUUUUUUACUGCAUGCCUUUGGUAAGUGCUGGAGUGAGAAGAUGUUUUAAAAUAAUUAGCGGAUGCUUACUUUUACCACAUGCCUUUGGUAAGCGUAGGAGUGAGAAGAGGUUUUAAAUUAAUUAGCGCCCCAGCGGCAAUUCAAGGAAAUACGGUAGUCAUUUAUUUCUAUUGGUUUGAUUUGCUUGAUUGGUUAAUGUUUGUUUGACCUUGGAAAUCUAUAUUUUGUGUUAUGACUUGUUCUGCUUUUCAUUUUGUGUUUGUAUUAAAGGUCUGUUGCUGAAAAAAAUACUUUUGUGCCUUUUUCUUGAGGAAAUAUAUAUUGUUUGAAAUUGACCCGUAACACAAUAGAUGUUACUAUAGUUAAAAUUACUCAAAUGAAAAAAUAAAUAAAACACAUUUAUUUAACACAGGGGUCACCAACCUUUUAGAAACCAAGAGCUACUUCUUGGGUACUGAUUAAUGCGAAGGGUUACAAGUUUGAUACACACUUAAAUAAAUUGCCAGAAAUAGCCAAUUUGCUCAAUUUACCUUUAAUAAAUAAAUCUAUAUAUAUGUAUUAAAAAAUGGGUAUUUCUGUCUGUUAUUCCGUCGUACAUUUUUUUUCCUUUAAUGGAAGGUUUUUUGCAGAGAAUAAAUGAUGAAAAAAUCACUUAAUUAAGCGGUUUAAAAGAGGAGAAAACACACAAAAAAUAAAUAAAAAAAUUUUAAACAUACUUUAUCUUCAAUUUCGACUCUUUAAAAUUCAACCGAAAAAAAUUAAGAGAAAAACUAGCUAAUUUGAAUCUUUCUGAAAAGAUUCAAAAAAUAAGUUAUGGAACAUCAUUAGUAAUUUAUCCUGAUUAAGAUUAAUUUUUAGAAUUUUGAUGACAUGUUUUAAAUAGUUUAAAAUCCAAUCUGCACUUUGUUAGAAUAUAUAACAAAUUAGACCAAGCUAUAUUUCUAACAAAGACAAAUCAUUAUUUCUUUUAGAUUUUCCAUAACAAAAACUUUAAAAGAAAUUCAAAAGACUUUGAAAUAAGAUUUGAAUUUGAUUCUACAGAAUUUUAAUCAUAAUAAGUUUGAAGAAAUAUUUCACAAAUAGUCUUUGUCGAAAAAACAGAAGCUAAAAUGAAGAAUUAAAUUAAAAUGUAUUUAUUAUUAUUUACAAUAAAAAAAAAUUACUUGAACAUUGAUGUAAAUUGUCAGGAAAGAAGAGGAAGGAAUUUAAAAGGUAAAAACGUAUAUGUGUUUAAAAAUCCUAAAAUAAUUUUUAAGGUUGUAUUUUUCUCUAAAAUUGUCUUUCUGAAAGUCAUAAGAAGGAAAGUAAAAAAAUAAGUGAAUUUAUUUAAACCAGUGAAGACCAAGUCUUUAAAAUAUUUUCUUGGAUUUUCAAAUUCUAUUUGAGUUUUGUCUCUCUUAGAAUUAAAAAUGUCGAGCAAAGCGAGACCAGCUUGCUAGUAAAUAAAUACAAUUUAAAAAAAUAGAGGCAGCUCACUGGUAAGUGCUGAUAUUUGAGCUAUUUUUAGAACAGGCCAGCGGGCGACUCAUCUGGUCUUACGGGCCACCUGGUGCCCACGGGCCCCGCGUUGGUGACCCCUGAUUUAAGAGACGUGUUCUAAUACCCUUCAGUAAUAUUCAGGUAACACAACAAUCUUUUAUUUAUUCAUACAAUUCUCUUGAGGUUCAUUUUACCAUUUUUUAUGGAAAUCGAGGGGUAUACUUACAAAAAAAUGUCCCACACCAAAAAUAUUAAAACCAAUAUUUUCAUGGAUAAGGAAGUCUAACAAUGUAACAAAGAGAUGGGAAACACAUUGGAUGAUAGAUAAUUGUUUUUAGUGUACUUUACAGCUAAUUUAGGACAUGGGUCAAAACCGACAAGUUAACAUAAGAGAUGGUAACAGAAAGCUAACACAAGAGGAAGGUUAAAGCAACAAGUCAUGUAGAGGAUCUUUGACUAGCUUUUUUGCAAUAGGUCCUUAAAACACAGCAGCACUCCUUUCUGACAGUUUCUUUGACCUCCUGUCAUGAAGAGAAUCUAUGGCCAGCACUUCUGUUUUUUUUUACACUAGUUCCUUAAAGCAGCAGACAACCUAUCAUAUAGAGAAUCUUUGAUUAGUAUUUAUAUUAUUUUUUUUUACAUUUAACGUUCACCUAAAAAAACAAAACAGAGUGCCCCGAUCAGAUGGAGAAUAUUUGACUAGUGUUUUAGGCAAUUGUUUUUUUAAAAGAGCAACGCAGUCUUGCGUCAUUUAUUGGGAAUCUUUAACCAGCACUUUUUUUUUUGUACAGUAGUUCUUUAAAACAGCAGACGACCUGUCCUAUAGAGCAGUGCUUCUCAACCGUUUUUCAGUGACGUACCCCAUGUGAAAAUUUUUUUUAAUUCAAGUACCCCCUAAUCAAACCAAAGCCUUUUUUGGUUGAAAAAAAAGAGAUAAAGAAGUAAAAUACAGCACUAUGUGAUCAGUUUCUGAUUUUUUAAAUUGUAUAACAGUGCAAAAUAUUGCUCAUUUGUAGUGGUCUUUUUUUAACUAUUUGGAAAAAAAGAUAUACAAAUAACUAAAAACUUGUUGAAAAAUAAACAAGUGAUUCGAUUAUAAAUAAAGAUUUCUACACGUACAAGUAAUCAUCAACUUAAAGUGCCCUCUUAGGGGAUUGUAAUAGGGAUCCAUCUGGAUUGAUGAACUUAAUUCUAAACAUUUCUUCACAAAAAAAGAAAUCUUUAACAUCAAUAUUUAUGGAACAUGUCCACAAAAAAUCUAGCUCUCAACACUGAAUAUUGCAUUGUUGCAUUUCUUUUCACAGUUUAUGAACUUACAUUCAUAUUUUGUUGAAGUAUUAUUCAGUAAAUAUAUUUAUAAAGGAUUUUGGAAUUGUUGCUAUUUUUCAAUUGAUUGAUUGAAACUUUUAUUAGUAGAUUGCACAGUACAGUACAUAUUCCGUACAACUGACCAUUAAAUGGUAACACCCCAAUAAGUUCUUCAAUUUGUUUAAGUCAGGGUCCACGUUAAUCCAUUCAUGGUACAAAUAUAUACUAUCAGCAUAAUACAUUCAUCACACAAGUUAAUCAUCAUAGUAUAUACAUUGAAUUAUUUACAAUCCGGGGGGUGGGAUGAGGAGCUUUGGUUGAUAUCAGUACUUCAGUCAUCUACAAAUAAAUACAUUUAUAAAGGAUUUUUGAAUUGUUGCUAUUUUUAGAAUAUUUAAAAAAAAAAUCUCACGUACCCCUUGGCAUACCUUCAAGUGCCCCCAAGGGUACGCGUACCCCCAUUUGAGAACCACUGCUACAGAGGAUCUUUGAAUAUCUUUUUUAAAAGGUCCUUAAAAAACAGCAGCCUCAUAGCUUAAAAAUACCACAAAACUGGAACAUUUUGUCAAAGAAGUUUUUUGCCACCUUUUAUUGUCAUUUUUAGCCAAUACAAACAAAUCCACCGGAUAAACACAUACUUUUACUGGAAAUGAAACCGUAAUGUUGGACUUAUUUGUGUGAUGGAUGCACAUCCGGCUCGGUCGAGAUUAAAGAUUAGUAGUCCACACAAACUACUAACAUGGCCUCUGAAUUAGUUAACGGUCAGACUGAUCAACGCUUGAACUCUUUUAAUGAGGGCGGUUGGUUGAAAAGGGGACUGUCGGGUCAAGGCAACAAGGCAGAUUUUUAGAAGUAAGGGAAAAUGGCUGAGAAAGAGAAUGAUGGCGAGGUUGGGAAGCCAGGGCUAUUUCAGUCAGUACAGCUGUCUGGUUUUUAUGGUCUUUCUCUCUCUCUUUUCACCUUCACCACGCUUUCCUGUGCCGGUGACCUUAAUCAACCGACUUUCCUGUUGGUGUUUGCCAGCAUUUAAAGCAAACCAAAGUAGACCACC